AUGGACGAUAUCGAGCAGAGCGGCAAAAGCUCGCUGUACAGCCAAGCAAAGGAGGAUGAUAAGUCCUCCAAGGCUCUACCUGCGGUCGGACAGGAGAACCUCUCUUCGGUGACUCCUCCUCAUGAGUCCUAUGAGGGGCAUCACCGGUUCGAUCCCACUGCGACCUGGACAGAGGAGGAGGAGAGGAGGUUCUUCGGCCUUCAGCUGGACCGUGGUAAUCUGUCCAAUGCCCUGACCGACAAUUUCUUGGAUGAUCUCAACUUGACCACCGACGACUACAACAACGGAACCACCAUCCAACUCCUCUGUUUUCUCGCAGCGGAGUUCCCCGUGCAACUUCUCAUUAAACGCUUCGGUUUCCGGCGAGUGUUGCCCAUCCUGAUGCUGCUCUGGAGCUUGGUCUCUUGGACGCAGGCUUGGAUGACAGACCGAGCAUCUUUCUACGUGACCAGAGCGCUGAUAGGCGCCUUCGAGGGAGGUUUUAUCCCAGGCACAAUCUUGUUUGCAACGUACUUCUACAAAACAAAGGAGCUUUCCAUCCGAUUGUCAUUCUUCUGGUCUACUCUGAAUGCUGCCCGUAUUAUAUCGUCUUUACUGGCGGCUGGAAUUCUCGAGAUGAGGGGGACCAGGGGACACACAGGCUGGUUCUGGCUAUUCCUUAUCGACGGACUUAUAACAUUCGUCAUCGGCUUGUUUGCCCUCUUCUAUCUGCCAAGUUCACCCACGAGGACGAAGAGCAUCCUGUAUCCCAAAGCGUGGUACACCGAGCGCCAGGAGGUGAUCAUGAUCAACCGUCUUCUGCGUGAUGAUCCGUCCAAAGGUCUUACUCACCUGCAUGAACGUGCUACUCUCCGCGACGUGCUUAACGCAUGGAAGGACAAGUCCAUGUGGGGGCUGUACUUUAUCGGGCUGAUUGCCUACAUUCCCCAAAGCCCCGUGCAGGGGUACCUGUCCCUGACACUGAAGAGACUCGGGUUUACGACCUUCGAGUCGAACAUGCUCUCAAUUCCAUCAGCUGUGCUCCAGAUCAUCCUGAUGCUCAUCCUGUCGAAGAGCAGCGAGUACUUCGGGGAGCGCACAUUCCACUGUGUGAUUGGCGAGUUCUGGUCGCUGCCACUGCUGGCUACUCUCCUCGGUCUGCCUGAUCAUGGAUACAACUGGGGCCGCUUUACGGUCACCACGAUGAUCUCAGGAUAUCCGUAUUUCCAUCCCAUCGUGUCCUCAUGGAUAUCAGAGAACACAUUUGACGUGAAAAAGCGAGCCAUCACUGCGGCCACAUAUAACGUGAUUGUCCAAAUUGGCUCAGUCAUAUCAUCGCAGCUGACCAAAACAGAGAUCUACCGCAGUUAUGACUCACCGUACUACUACCAAGGAAACAAGGUCUUGAUAUCCAUCUGUUCCCUGGCGCUUGUUGUUUUUGUGGUUCAGCGCGAGUACCUCAGGCACCUGAAUCGCCUGAAGGAGCGGAAAUGGGAGGCCAUGUCGCCCGAAGAGAGGAUCGAAUACCAAGCCGACCUUGCUCAACGGGAGAAAGACGGAAACAAGCGACUAGAUUUCCGCUUCAAGUACUAG